AUGGGUUCCGUUGGUAGGGAACAUGAGUCAAUCCCCAUCCAGGCCGCGCAGAGAGGCGCUGCCCGGAUCUGCGCUGCUUUUGGAGGUCAAGGAUCUAACAAUCUGGAUGUGUUAAAAGGUCUACAGGAGUUAUACAAGCGGUAUGGCCCAGAUCUGGAUGAGCUACUAGACGUGGCAUCCAACACGCUUUCGCAGCUGGCAUCUUCCCCUGCUGCAAUAGACGUCCACGAACCCUGGGGUUUCGACCUCCGACAAUGGCUGACCACACCGGAGGUUGCUCCUAGCAAAGAAGUUCUUGCCCUGUCACCACGAAGCUUUCCCUUAAAUACGUUACUUAGCCUAGCGCUCUAUUGUGCAACUUGUCGAGAGCUUGAACUUGAUCCUGGGCAGUUUCGAUCCCUCCUUCAUAGUUCCACGGGGCAUUCCCAAGGCAUAUUGGCGGCUGUGGCCAUCACCCAAGCCGAGAGCUGGCCAACCUUUUAUGACGCCUGCAGGACGGUGCUCCAGAUCUCUUUCUGGAUUGGACUCGAGGCUUACCUCUCCACUCCAUCCUCCGCCGUCUCGGAUGCCAUGAUCCAAGAUUGCAUCGAACAUGGCGAGGGCCUUCUUUCCUCGAUGCUAAGUGUCUCCGGGCUCUCCCGCUCCCAAGUUGAGCGAGUAAUUGAGCACGUCAACAAGGGACUCGGAGAAUGCAACCGAUGGGUUCAUUUGGCCCUGGUUAACUCCCACGAAAAGUUCGUCUUAGCGGGGCCACCACAAUCCUUAUGGGCCGUCUGUCUUCAUGUCCGACGGAUCAGAGCAGACCAUGACCUCGACCAGUCGCGUAUCCUGUUCCGCAACCGAAAGCCUAUGGUGGAUAUAUUAUUUCUUCCUAUAUCCGCACCAUUUCACACACCGUACUUGGACGGUGUUCAAGGUCGCGUUAUUGAGGCUUUGAGCUCUGCUUCGUUGGCUCUCCAUUCCAUCAAAAUCCCCCUCUAUCACACGGGCACUGGGAGCAACCUACAAGAACUACAACCACAUCAGCUAAUCCCGACUCUUAUCCGCGCUAUUACCGUGGACCAACUGGACUGGCCACUGGUUUGCCGGGGCUUGAACGCAACGCACGUGUUGGACUUUGGACCUGGACAAACAUGCAGUCUUAUUCAGGAGCUCACACAAGGAACGGGUGUAUCAGUGAUCCAGUUGACUACUCAAUCGGGACCAAAAUCCGUUGGAGGCCAUCUGGCGGCAGUGAACUGGGAGGCCGAGUUUGGCUUACAACUUCAUGCCAAUGUCCACGGCGCAGCUAAAUUGCACAAUCGAAUGACAACACUGCUUGGGAAGCCUCCUGUGAUGGUAGCCGGAAUGACACCUACUACGGUGCGCUGGGACUUUGUCGCUGCCGUUGCUCAAGCUGGAUACCACGUCGAACUAGCUGGAGGUGGCUACCACGCAGAGCGCCAGUUCGAGGCCGAGAUUCGGCGCCUGGCAACUGCCAUCCCAGCAGAUCAUGGCAUCACCUGCAAUCUCCUCUACGCCAAGCCUACGACUUUUUCCUGGCAGAUCUCUGUCAUCAAGGAUCUGGUGCGCCAGGGAGUUCCCGUGGAAGGAAUCACCAUUGGCGCCGGCAUCCCUUCUCCGGAGGUAGUCCAAGAAUGUGUACAGUCCAUCGGACUCAAGCACAUCUCAUUCAAGCCUGGGUCUUUCGAAGCCAUUCACCAAGUCAUACAGAUCGCGCGUACCCAUCCUAGCUUUUUGAUCGGGUUGCAAUGGACCGCAGGACGAGGGGGAGGACAUCAUUCCUGGGAAGACUUCCAUGGACCUAUUCUGGCAACCUACGCUCAAAUCCGAUCAUGUCCGAAUAUUCUCCUCAUUGUAGGUAGUGGAUUCGGUGGAGGCCCGGACACGUUUCCCUACCUCACGGGCCAAUGGGCCCAGGCCUUUGGCUAUCCAUGCAUGCCCUUCGACGGAGUGUUGCUCGGCAGUCGCAUGAUGGUGGCUCGGGAAGCCCAUACGUCAGCCCAGGCAAAACGCCUGAUUAUAGAUGCGCAAGGCGUGGGAGAUGCAGAUUGGCACAAGUCUUUCGAUGAGCCUACCGGAGGCGUAGUGACGGUCAACUCGGAAUUCGGUCAACCUAUCCACGUUCUAGCUACUCGCGGAGUGAUGCUGUGGAAAGAACUCGACAACCGGGUCUUCUCAAUCAAAGACACUUCUAAGCGCUUAGAAUAUCUGCGCAACCACCGGCAAGAAAUUGUGAGCCGUCUUAAUGCAGACUUUGCCCGUCCCUGGUUUGCCGUUGACGGACACGGACAGAAUGUGGAGCUGGAGGACAUGACCUACCUCGAGGUUCUCCGCCGUCUGUGCCAUCUCACGUAUGUUUCCCACCAGAAGCGAUGGGUAGAUCCAUCAUAUCGAAUAUUACUGUUGGACUUCGUUCAUCUGCUUCGAGAACGAUUCCAAUGCGCUAUUGACAACCCCGGUGAAUAUCCACUCGACAUCAUCGCCCGGGUGGAAAAGAGCCUGAAGGAUAAGGCAUACCGCACGCUUUAUCCAGAAGAUGUCUCUCUUCUAAUGCAUUUGUUCAGCCGACGUGACAUCAAGCCCGUACCAUUCAUCCCCAGGUUGGAUGAGCGUUUUGAGACCUGGUUUAAAAAAGACUCAUUGUGGCAAUCCGAAGAUGUGGAGGCGGUAAUUGGACAGGACGUCCAGCGAAUCUUCAUCAUUCAAGGGCCUAUGGCCGUUCAGUACUCAAUAUCCGACGAUGAGUCUGUUAAAGACAUUUUACACAAUAUUUGUAAUCAUUACGUGGAAGCUCUACAGGCUGAUUCAAGAGAAACUUCUAUCGGCGAUGUACACUCGAUCACGCAAAAACCUCUCAGCGCGUUUCCUGGGCUCAAAGUGACGACAAAUAGGGUCCAAGGGCUCUAUAAGUUCGAGAAAGUAGGAGCAGUCCCCGAAAUGGACGUUCUUUUUGAGCAUAUUGUCGGGCUGUCGAAGUCAUGGGCUCGGACAUGUUUGAUGAGUAAAUCGGUCUUUAGGGACGGUUCUCGUUUGCAUAACCCCAUUCGCGCCGCACUCCAGCUCCAGCGCGGCGAUACCAUCGAGGUGCUUUUAACAGCAGACUCGGAAAUUCGCAAGAUUCGACUUAUUUCACCCACGGGGGAUGGUAAAUCCACUUCUAAGGUCGUACUUGAGGUAGUCUCUAACGACGGACAAAGAGCUUUCGCCACUUUGGCCCCUAACAUCCCACUCAGCCCCGAGCCCACCGUCGUCUUUUGCUUCAAGGUCGACCAGAAGCCGAAUGAGUGGACCCUUGAGGAGGACUCCUCUGGCCGGGCAGAGAGGAUCAAGGCAUUAUACAUGAGUCUGUGGAACUUGGGCUUUCCGAACAAGGCCUCUGUUUUGGGUCUUAAUUCGCAAUUCACGGGAGAAGAACUGAUGAUCACAACGGACAAGAUUCGUGAUUUCGAAAGGGUACUGCGGCAAACCAGUCCUCUUCAGCUGCAGUCAUGGAACCCCCAAGGAUGUGUACCUAUCGACUACUGCGUGGUCAUCGCCUGGUCUGCUCUUACCAAGCCUCUGAUGGUCUCCGCUCUGAAAUGCGACCUCCUGGAUCUGCUUCACAGCGCUAUAAGCUUCCACUAUGCACCAUCUGUCAAACCAUUGCGGGUGGGCGAUAUUGUCAAAACCUCAUCCCGUAUCCUAGCGGUCUCGGUGAGACCUAGGGGAACUAUGCUGACGGUGUCGGCGGACAUUCAGCGCCAGGGACAACAUGUAGUCACUGUCAAAUCAGAUUUCUUUCUCGGAGGCCCCGUUCUGGCAUGUGAAACCCCUUUCGAACUCACUGAGGAGCCUGAAAUGGUUGUCCAUGUCGACUCUGAAGUGCGCCGUGCUAUUUUACACAGCCGCAAGUGGCUCAUGCGAGAAGAUCGCGCGAUAGAUCUGCUAGGGAGGCAGCUCCUCUUCAGAUUAAAGAGCGAAAAAUUGUUCAGGCCAGACGGCCAGCUAGCACUGUUACAGGUAACAGGUUCCGUGUUCACCUACAGCCCCGAUGGGUCAACGACAGCAUUCGGUCGCGUAUACUUCGAAAGCGAGUCUUGUACAGGGAACGUGGUGAUGGACUUCCUGUACCGCUACGGUGCGCCUCGGGCGCAGCUGCUGGAGCUGCAACAUCCCGGGUGGACGGGCACCUCUACUGUGGCAGUAAGAGGUCCUCGACGCAGCCAAUCCUACGCACGCGUUUCCCUCGAUCAUAAUCCCAUCCAUGUUUGUCCGGCCUUUGCGCGAUACGCUGGUCUCUCGGGUCCCAUUGUCCAUGGGAUGGAAACCUCUGCCAUGAUGCGCAGAAUUGCCGAAUGGGCCAUCGGAGAUGCAGACCGGUCUCGGUUCCGGAGCUGGCAUAUCACCUUGCAAGCACCCGUCCACCCCAAUGACCCUCUGCGGGUGGAGCUGCAGCAUAAGGCCAUGGAGGACGGGAAAAUGGUUUUGAAAGUACAAGCAUUCAACGAAAGGACGGAAGAACGCGUCGCGGAGGCAGAUGCCCAUGUCGAGCAGGAAACUACGGCUUACGUCUUCUGUGGCCAGGGCAGUCAACGACAGGGGAUGGGAAUGGACUUGUACGUCAACUGUCCGGAGGCUAAAGCGUUGUGGGCUCGCGCCGACAAGCAUUUGUGGGAGAAAUAUGGGUUCUCCAUCUUGCACAUUGUGCAAAACAACCCUCCGGCCCUCACUGUUCACUUUGGCAGCCAGCGAGGGCGCCGUAUUCGUGCCAACUAUCUGCGCAUGAUGGGACAGCCACCGAUAGAUGGUAGACAUCCGCCCAUACUGAAGGGAUUGACGCGGAAUUCGACCUCGUACACCUUCUCCUAUUCCCAGGGGCUGUUGAUGUCCACCCAGUUCGCCCAGCCCGCAUUGGCGCUGAUGGAAAUGGCUCAGUUCGAAUGGCUCAAAGCCCAGGGAGUCGUUCAGAAGGGUGCGCGGUUCGCGGGACAUUCGUUGGGAGAAUAUGCCGCCCUUGGAGCUUGUGCUUCCUUCCUCUCAUUUGAAGACCUCAUAUCUCUCAUCUUUUAUCGGGGCUUGAAGAUGCAGAAUGCGGUGCCGCGCGAUGCCAACGGCCACACCGACUAUGGAAUGUUGGCUGCCGAUCCAUCGCGGAUAGGAAAAGGUUUCGAGGAGGCGAGUCUGAAAUGUCUUGUCCAUAUCAUUCAACAGGAGACCGGCUGGUUCGUGGAAGUCGUCAACUACAACAUCAACUCGCAGCAAUACGUCUGUGCAGGCCAUUUCCGAGCCCUUUGGAUGCUGGGUAAGAUAUGCGAUGACCUUUCAUGCCACCCUCAACCGGAGACUGUUGAAGGCCAAGAGCUACGGGCUAUGGUCUGGAAGCAUGUCCCGACGGUGGAGCAGGUGUCCCGCGAGAAUCGCAUGGAACGAGGUCGAGCGACCAUUCCGCUGCCGGGGAUCGAUAUCCCAUACCAUUCGACCAUGUUACGAGGGGAGAUUGAGCCUUAUCGUGAAUAUCUGUCUGAACAUAUCAAGGUGGGGGAUGUGAAGCCGUGCGAAUUGGUGGGACGCUGGAUCCCUAAUGUUGUUGGCCAGCCUUUCUCCGUCGAUAAGUCUUACGUUCAGCUGGUGCACGGCAUCACAGGUAGUCCUCGGCUUCAUUCCCUGCUUCAACAAAUGGCGUGA